AUGCCAGAAGGGAACCGGGACGGUUCACCGAAAUUCGGUGAGGGCCCGCAACGUACUUCGUCUCCUCCGCCAGUGGGCGCUGAGGGGGGCGAAAAGGGGGCAUUCGAGGUCGACCCGCGUGUACGUGACGCCCCGCCCGUCUGCGGCGCGGCUGGAUAUGACUCCGGUAUGGGGCAUACCUUGCCACCCGAGGACGGAUCGAGCUUGUCCUAUGCCUGGCCCGGGGACACCACCCGAAUCACGGGCAGUUUCCAAGGGCCGGUCAUGACGGCCAUGGGAGCGAGUGGCGGACCGUUCGAACCUCCACGCGGGCCGGAACAACCCGGCCACCCGGAGAUCUGGUCGAGGGUACUCCACCACGGCCCGAAUCUCGGUCCCGGCCCCCUAAACCAUCAACCGUGGACGGGACUUCCCACGAAUACGCCGCCCAGGCCAACGGGCGCCCGCCCACGCACCGAUCGCUCUAGAGGCCCGAACCAGCCCGGAAUCCACCCCGGUCACGAUCCACUAACGGGUACCAGUGAACAUUUCCAAGGCGGACGAGGACCUCCUCACCAUUAUGCCACCCCAACGGUUAACGAACCCAGUGGUUCCGAAACGACCACGAUCGCUGGAAUACCUGGGCGGAAUUCGCGUCCGCUUGUCGUUUGCGUUUCGGGGACCCCGACUACCAAUAUGCGCUUCGGGAAGAAAUUAUGCGUAGGACCCAAGGAUUAG